GCUCGAGACGUCGUCGGACGUCGUUUGCGCCUUGCAACUCGGACUGAUCUACGACGUGGUCGCGACCGCGCCGCGCGCCGAAGACAUUGCGCCCGUCUUGACCGCGAGCAACGUGAGCUCGCGCCUCCAGCUGCUGCUGGCGCUGCCGCAACAGCGUGGACCGUCGAUCGUGGCGCUUGCCCGGCGCACGCUUGGCGCACUCGAGACCAAGCACCCCGCAGCAGCAGCACCAUCAUCAUCAUCAUCAUUAUGAAAGGCAGCCACCACCGACGACUAGAGUUAUACAGAGUUUUAAAAACAAUCCAGAUUGCCGUCGCGCGAUAG